AUUCCUCUCCUCUAUAUAAGUAGAAUAAAAGCUGCCAAGUUAAUAAACAACAAUAUAUCUUCUUUUAUUAUCUCAGAGAAAUGGAGAAGAAUGUUGAGAUGGAUGAGAUAAAGAUGAAUAAAGCAACUGAAAUUGAUGAGCAAAAAUGGGUGUAUGACUCUUCUGUUGAUUACAAAGGCAGAGUUCCUCUCAGAGCUUCAACUGGUGGUUGGAAAGCAUCUUUCUUGAUUAUUGCAAUUGAAUUUAGUGAGAGGUUGAGUUACUUUGGAAUAGCUACAAGUUUGAUCAUAUACCUAACAAAGGUAAUUCAUCAAGACCUCAAAACUGCAGCGAAAAGUGUUAACUACUGGACAGGAGUCACCACUUUGAUGCCACUGCUAGGAGGAUUUGUGGCUGAUGCAUACUUGGGCAGAUUUUACACAGUUCUUGCUUCAACUAUUGUCUACCUCCUGGGAUUGGUUCUCUUGGCAAUGUCUACUGUGGUACCAAGCCUGAAAUCCUGCGGAAGUUACCCUUGUCAAGAACCUAGGAAGGUCCAUGUUGUGAUCUUUUUCUUUGCUAUCUACUUAAUCUCAAUUGGUACUGGAGGGCACAGGCCAUCUUUGGAGAGUUUUGGAGCUGAUCAAUUUGAUGAUGACCAUCCUCAAGAAAAAAGGAAGAAAAUGUCUUUCUUCAAUUGGUGGAGUUUUGGACUUUGCUCUGGUGUACUACUUGGUGUCACUCUAAUUGUUUAUGUACAAGAUCAUGUUAGUUGGGCUGCGGCAGAUUUGAUCCUCACACUAGUUAUGGCGUCAAGUUUAAUCAUAUUCUGUUCAGGCAGACGAUUCUAUCGAUAUCGAAAAGUUAGUGAAAGUCCCCUAACAACAAUGCUACAAGUUCUUGUUGCUUCAAUCAAGAAAAGAAAUCUUCCACAUCCCUCUAGUCCUGCUUAUCUGCAUGAAACUCAAAAGUCAGAAACUAAUAGAAGGAGACUAUGUCAUACCAAAGGCCUCAAGUUUCUUGAUAAAGCUGCAAUCUUUGAUGAGAUACAAGAUUCAAUAGACCAGAAACAGAAUCCAUGGAGACUUGCAACUGUGACGAAGGUGGAAGAAUUGAAGCUGCUUAUCAACAUGAUCCCCAUUUGGCUUACAACUUUACCAUUUGGUGUUUCCAUAGCACAAGCUUCAACAUUUUUCAUCAAACAAGGCGUGACACUUAACCGGAAGAUCACUGACGAUUUUGAGAUCCCACCAGCUUCAAUGUAUGGCCUUGGAGCUAUUGGCAUGAUAGCAACUGUCACUAUAUAUGAAAAAAUCCUUGUACGUAUCCUAAGACAAUCAACUGGAAACGAGAGAGGCAUUAGCAUUCUUCAGAGGAUCGGUAUUGGCAUGAUCUUCUCUAUUGCAACUAUGAUCAUUGCAGCAUUAGUUGAACGAAAGAGACUAAGAAUUGUUCAAGAAAAUCUACUUGAGGGCUCAAUGUCAAUGAGUGUGUUCUGGCUAACCCCUCAGUUUCUCAUUGUUGGUAUAGGAGAUGGAUUCGCGCUAGUGGGAUUGCAAGAGUACUUCUAUGAUCAAGUACCUGAUACAAUGAGAAGUUUAGGCAUCGCGCUUUACCUAAGUGUGAUUGGUGCUGCAAGUUUCUUAAGCAGCAUAUUGAUCACAAUUGUGGAUCAUGUCACAGAAAAAGGUGGUAAAAGUUGGUUUGGAAAGGAUAUAAAUAGCAGCAGGUUGGAUUAUUUCUACUUCUUGUUAGCUACCUUAACAACAGUGAACUUGUGCAUCUAUAUUCUUGUUGCAAGGAGAUAUUCCUAUAAGAAUGUGCAAAUUAGAAGAACUGCAGAUGUAGCUAAUUGCUAUGAUGGCGAUGAUCGUGAAACGAUGGCUUAGUAGAUUAAUCUCUAAUAAAUUAUUGAAUUAGUAUUGUCAUCAAGCUGAGAAAGCAAAUUUACUCUGUAAUCAUAUUUGAUAUGUUUCUCUUCCUAGUACAUAUAGUCUCCCUCCAUACUAAUUUAAAAGUGUGUUACUACUAUUUUUGGCAUGUUC